GCAGAGAUGAAUUGUAAGCGCGGCAAAACUAAGCAAGCAAAACCACCUAAUGGCUAACUGCAUCCAGCUCAUAGGUGGACGUGCAUGAACUCGUACCACGCUAGUCUUCGUCUCGUCUCGUCUCUUGCCCACCGUCGGUAUAUUAUUAGUCGUAAAGUCGUAGCCGUGGAGAUCGAUAGUUCAACGUCAGCCUCUUGCGCCACGCCGCAGCUAGCCACCGUCACCAUGUCCAGCCCACCACCUCCGGACGCCGCCGGCUCGCCGCCGGUGACUCCGGUCCCGCCCACUCCGGUGACCCCAACUCCGCCGGUGGCGAUUCCGCCUGCUCCGGUGAACCCGGUCCCUCCUGUGGCACUUCCUCCGCAGAGCCCGCCCCCUCCUCCUCCUCCGGACGCGGUUCCGCCUGCUCCGGUUCAGGCCGAUCCUCCCACCGUCGUAAACCCUCCGGUGGUGCCCCCGCCGGUGAACUCACCUCCACCGCCUGCACCAAGACCAAGGCCGCCGACGCCAAACCCAACGCCGGUGACACCGUCCCCGCCUCCGCCAAGGCCCACGCCCACGCCGACGCCAAACCCGACGCCGGUAACGCCGUCCCCGCCUCCGCCAAGGCCAACUCCGACGCCAACGCCAACUCCUCGCAGGCCGCCGCCGUCAUCUUCGCCAGCGCCGCCUGACGCCACGCCGCCGCCUCCUGGAGGCGUUCCAUCGUCGCCGCCGCUCCCGAUCGACGCACCAGCCGCAGCAGCGCCUCCGCCGUCGCCUCUUACGUUUUAUCCGCCUCCUCCGCCGCAGUUAGCGGACGCGCCGUCGGCAUCGGCCAAGCCCCCGUCAGGCAGCGGCACCGCGCUGGGCGUGGGUGUGGCUGUCGGGGCGGUGGUCUUCCUCGGCCUCGCGGCCGCGCUGAUCUUCUUCUUCGUGUCCAAGCGGCGCCGUCGCCGUAGGGUACCGCCGCCGGGGACCCCAGCGGAUUUCUUCUACGACCCGAGGCAGCCGACGACGCCGCUGCAGCCGUCGCACGCGCUGUCGACGGCGUCGUCGACGCCGCCGCUGAUGGCUUCGUGGACGCAGAGCAGCGGCGGCGGGGGCGGCGGGUCCCCGCUGCCGGCAAUGACGGGCGGCACGUUCCGGUACGACGAGCUGGCGGCGGCGACGGACGGGUUCGCGGAGGCGAACCUGCUGGGGCAGGGCGGGUUCGGUCACGUGUACAAGGGCACGGUGAACGGGCAGGAGGUGGCCAUCAAGAAGCUGCGCGCCGGCAGCGGGCAGGGCCACCGCGAGUUCCGCGCCGAGGUGGACAUCAUCAGCCGCGUCCACCACAAGAACCUCGUCUCCCUCGUCGGCUUCUGCAUCCACGCCGAGCAGCGCCUCCUCGUCUACGAGUACGUCCCCAACAAGACCCUCGAGUCCCACCUGCACCACGGGAGCGGCCGCGCGACGCUGGAUUGGCCGCGCCGGUGGAAGAUCGCCGUCGGCUCGGCGAAGGGCCUCGCGUACCUGCACGAGGACUGCCAUCCUAAGAUCAUCCAUCGUGACAUCAAGGCGGCCAACAUCCUCCUCGACUACAACUAUGAGCCCAAGGUUGCUGAUUUCGGGCUGGCCAAAUGCCAAGAAGCAGAACACACCGCUGUUUCCACGCGGGUGAUGGGAACGUUUGGAUAUCUGGCCCCGGAAUAUGCCGCCACCGGCAAAGUCAAUGACCGGUCCGACGUCUUCUCCUUCGGCGUGAUGCUUCUGGAGCUCAUCACCGGAAGGAAACCUAUCAUGACGUCCUCGGAUCACCAGCCCGAAACACUGGUUGCUUGGGCAAAGCCCUUGCUGACCAAGGCCGCGGAGGAGGAGAACUACGAGGAGCUGAUCGACCCGGAGCUGGGGACCAACUACGACGCCUACGACAUGGCGCGGCUCGUCGCGUGCGCCGCCGCCGCCGUUCGCCAGACGGCGCGGUCUCGCCCGCGGAUGACUCAGAUCGUUCGGUACCUGGAGGGCGAGCUGUCGGCGGAGGACCUGAACGGCGGCAUGGCGCCGGGCCAGAGCGCGAUGCAUCGCUCAGGGGGCGGCAACACGGACGACGUGAGGCGGCUCAGGAGGAUGGCGUUCGGGCCGGGCACCGGGACGGCCGGCGGCACCAUCAGCGAGUACGCCAGCAGCGAGAUGAGCGCGCCGACGAGCGAGUAUGGGCUGAACCCGUCCAGCGAGUACACGGCCAGCAGCGCCGCGGACACGGAGGACAUGGCGGACUUCCCGCACAGAGCCGGCGCCGGCAGGGGCGCCGCCGAGGGGGACAGCGGCGAGGCGGGACGUGCAACCACGGAGGGGUUCAGCAGGCGCACCACCGCCAGACGUACCGGCCGGGGGUGACGGGACGUACGGAAUACAUUUACGAGCGGCUGAUCAAGGAGUCGUCGCUCGUGUCGUGUAUAUAUAUGUGAUGCUGUCGCUGUGGGGUUUGGUUUGCGUUUCUUUGUUUCAGUUUUCGGGUUCAUGCGAUUUUUGGUGGGUGGUGGAACAAGUGGUAACUUGUACGUGCGUCCAUUAAUUAACCACAGAGGUGAAUAAAACGGAAAGAGGUGAUGGAGAAUUCUCGUAA